UCCUUAACUAGAGAUUCAUAGCAAAGUGUUUUUUAAGGCGUUGUUGGGUAAUUAUGGGACGAGGAAAGAUACCCAUCAAGAGGAUCGAGAACCAGACGACUCGACAAGUCACCUUCUCCAAGCGCCGAGCUGGGCUUUUGAAGAAGACCCACGAGCUUUCUGUGCUCUGCGAUUCUCAAAUCGGCCUCAUCAUCUUCUCCCGCUCCGGCAAGAUGUGCCAAUACUGCACUGAACCUUACAGAAUGGAGCACCUAAUAGAAAGGUACCAGAAGGUCACUGGAACUAGCAUUCCUGAGCAUGACAAUCGAGAACAACUGUACAAUGAAUUGGCAGUGUUGAGGAAAGAAACCCGUCGUCUUCAACUAAGCAUGAGACGCUACACUGGUGAGGACACGAGCUGUAUUCCAUACGAAGAGCUUGAUCAAAUUGAACAAGAACUCGAGCGCUCGGUCAACAAGGUCCGAGAACGAAAGAAUGAGCUCUUGCAACAACAGCUGGAUAACCUUCGAAGAAAGGAACGAAUUCUCGAGGAAGAAAACAACAACUUAUACAGAUGGAAUUCUUAUGAACACAUACAAAUUCAAGAAAACCGAGCAGCAAUGGAGUACCAACAGGUAGGAAUAGAAGGAAAGGCAGUGGAGCAUCAGCAAAUGCUUGAUGAAUUCCCCUUCUAUGGAGGAGGAGAACCCAGUAGUGUGCUUCAGCUUGCAACCAAUAUUCCUCAACAAUUCUCCCAUCAGCUCCAGCUUGCUCAGCCCAAACUUCAAGAUUCAAAUCUCUAGUUUUUGCAGCCAAUCAUCACCGUCUAGUCAUCAUGUAUCAAGCAUCCGCAUUCGGGUGUUCUUAUAAAACCUAUAAGAGACAUAUUUGAAAUACAUUUGGUUUAGGGUUUGUGCUUUCUUUUCAUAUUUGUCAUGUUAAACAUUCAACUAAAGAUUAAAUACUCCUUUCCGUGUGUUUCUGAAU